CGGCAGGGGUCGCUGUGGGGCGGUGAAACAGACCCGGGGGAGAGUGUUGUGGUGUCCGGAAGAAGGACCGUCAGCAUGGCGGCGAUGUUUUUUGCUUCAUGCUUUGCUUUCUGGUCUGCUGUUUUCUAUAUAACAACACAACGUAGAAUAAAAACGCAGUGAGCUGCUUCCCCAGGCGCUAACGGCUGCGGCGGCUCGGAGCAGGAGGAGGCAGCCGUUACAUCUCUCUCUCUCUCUCUCUCUCUCUCUCUCUCUCUCUCUCUCUCUCUCUCUCUCUCUCUCUCUCUCUCUCUCUCUCUCGGUGUCGGUCCGCACACGUCGGGACUUCUGACCCACUUUGGUUCGCCUUCCUAGACCUUCCUGAGCAGGAUGAAACAUCAGGAGCUUGAGCACGGACCAAAGAGGCUGAUGUUUUAACUCAGUGACUCUUACUUGAGUUAAAGAGGAAAUAAAAUUAUCCAUAGUGGAAAAAAAACUAACAAUGGGUGAAGUGACUGUAGAAGUAGCCGAGGAGGUGACGAAACAGGACAUCUCCUCUGAGCCGCUUCCCGAGCCACUACUGAUAAUCCUGUCCCCACCUCCGCCUUUCUUACCUGUCCCUGGUGAGCCGGCCAUGUUUUGGCACAAGUGGCUUAAAGCUUUUGAACACUACCUCGAAGCGCUUGGUGAGAACGAGCUGGUCGACUCCAGUAAGUGUGUGCUUUUACAGAAUUGCCUUGGCCCAGAGGGGCAACGCAUCUUCACGACACUGAUCCAGGGCGAAACCACGUAUGCAGUGGCUGUCUCAGCACUGACGGGGUUCUUCAACUCUGAUCUUACCUCUCAGAUGCACCGCCUUAAAUUCCAUCAGAGGGCUCAGAUGCCCGGAGAGACCGUAGAUCAGUUUGUGACUACGUUAGAAGAACUGCUGAAGCCUUGCAACUGUGGAGACUUGCAAGACAAACUUAUUUUGGAUCAGCUUAUUGAGAAAACAAACAGUCCACAGCUCAAAGAGAGGCUGUUGUUGGAGAGGGAAACUCUGACCUUGGCUGCAGCGUUAGUUAUCAGUAAAGAAGUGGAAUCUGCUUUAAAUGAAUCUGAGCUGUUUGGUUUUCAUGAGGUCAGUGUGGACAUUGGAGAUGAUUUAGACCCUCCUGUUCAAAGGAAGGCCAAAAGAGGACGACCUCGGCGCGGGGAGAAAAGGACAAAAGCAAAACCACACUUGACUAAAACCCCAAUAAAGUCAUCCAGAUAUAAAGACAACUACUAUUACAGUAAUGAUAAGCUAUAUUAUAGUGAUAAUGAUGAAGACAAUUCUAAGAGUGCUGGUGAGACUAAUCUGGCUUGUGAUAAAAAUAAAUGUGAUGAUGGUAACAAAGCCUCAUCAUCAUCAUCACAGAGGAUGGAGGAGGAAGGCUGCAACGGGGCUAGCAACGAUGAUAGUGAUGGUAGCAAUGACGACAACGAUGAGGACUUUGUCAUUUCUCCAUCAAAACUUAAAGGUCCCCACUGUCCCAUCUGUACCGAGAGGCGCUUCAGAGACGCACACAAACUGGCCAGACACAUGAGGACACACACAAAGGAAAAACCAUUCAGCUGCCCCGUCUGCACUACGACUUUCAGCCAGUCAUACCACAUGACCCGACACAUGAGGAACCAGCACGGCGCGGGCCAACACGUCUGCUCCACGUGUGGGAAGAGUUUAGGGAGCUUCGCGGAGCUGCAGAGUCACAAGAGGACACACUCGUCGCAAAUCCUGUCAUGCCCGGAGUGUCAUGAAAAAUUCACCAACAACGAUGCGUUUUUUAGUCAUAUCAUGUCACAUGGCAAAAACCAGUCUACCCAGACAGAGGGACAGAGCUUCCAGCAAAAUGAUGACAUGAAAAACCAAGAGAUAGUUGAAUCGUGUAAGGAUAAAAAUAAUGACAGUGUUGACUGUCAUGACAAUGUUCCUGAGAAUGAUAAAGACUCUGGUAAUGGUGAUUCUCAGGGUAAAGGAUCUGAAGUUAAUAUUAAGACAGAAGUCAAGGACUCUGAUGAAGCUAAAUCUCAAGAUGGAGGCCGCAAGAAAGAAAAAGUCACCUCUAAGACUAAAACAAAAGGCCAUUUUUGUCCCAUCUGUGUCGGCAGACGCUUCAGAGGGCCAAACAAACUCGCCAGACACAUGAGGACGCACACAAAGGAGAAACCGUUCACCUGUCCAGUCUGCGCUUUGACCUUCAGCCAGUCCUACCACAUGACCCGACAUGUGAGGAACCAGCAUGGCUUGGGCCAGUACAUCUGCUUCUAA